UAUACAUUUCUUAGUAGGUCUCAUACCCACCAAGUACAUAUUUUGCAUUACAAUGUUUUCAAAAAAUAUUAUACUUCUUUUGUGCGUCGUGUGUUUUAUAGUGAAAAGUAGUGCCACAGAUAAAGAAAAAAAAAAAUGGUUUUCCUUACCUUUUUUUCGUGAAAAAAAGAUAAACCAUAUAGCGGAGGAAGCUUCUACGGUGGGUGUAAUCGAUGAACGGCCAGUGAAAUCUAACAAGUUCGAAGGUGUUAAGGUUUGUUCAGAUGCCCAAAAGAAACUGGUUGAAUUGACAACUGAUCAAUGGCAAAAUAUAUUUGAGACGUACGAUACUAAUAACAUUGGUUCUCUCUCACUAGAGGAAUUUCAGAAACUAGUAUUCGAAAACUUCCGCGGAUUCCUUACCAUUAGGGAAGCAAGAUGUUAUGCACAUGCCAUUAAUACGAAUAAACCGAAAAAAUGUGAAAUUGGAUUGAAACAAUUGGAAAACCUGAAACCGAUGAUAUUUGUAUUGUCACAGAGAGAAAAUAUUGAGAAGGACGAACAAGUUGACAGUAUUUCGAGUGAAACAUUCAUUAAUGAAAUAAUGGAAAAGUUUAAAAAUCUGUUCAAUGACAAAGAGGAAGUUUUGGAAGUACUGAAACUUUUUGACCAAAACGAAAACAGUCCAAUUGAAAGGGCUAUGUACGAGGAAAUAUUACAGAUGUUGACGGCUUCAAAACGUAUGCUACGUAUACACGGUAGCUUUUGUUUAAUGGACGAGGACCAUAAUGGCGUUUUUGACGCUGAUGAACUUAAAGCAUGGAUGAAUGAAUAUACAGAAUCGGCUACUAAGGGAUCAGCCACUGAGCAAUCAGCUACUGAGAAAGCAGCCGCUGAGAAAUUAUUCACUAAAACGUUCAAGAAGCUUGAUUUAAACGAUGACGGUUUUAUUGAUUUUAAUGAAUAUAUGAUAAUGGCUAUUAAAGAUAUUAAACCACUUUAUUCUCAACUCAAGAGAAUAUCUAUUUAAUCAAAAAUAUAAUAGUUUGUAAUACCCAUAAUUUGUAAGGUUCUUAGUACUACAAUUUGUUUUUAAUACAUUUCAAUAGGGAUAAAUGGUUUUCAAUAAUCAAUAGGUUAUUUAAUUAAUUUGUGUAACUGCUGAAG